CUUAAGGGAGUACUUGUAGAGGUACCGAGGGUUAACACCUACGGCGUAUUUAAUAUUAUUUUUUGUUCCGUUCAUGCCCAGCCUCCAUCCCGUCUAUAAAUCCUCGUCUGAUCCGGUCCCCUUCGACUCUUCCAACUUCACCACAUUCAUCAAUUCCACAAGUACACACUUCAUUUACAAUACUCAUUCAAUCAACCACUUCCUCUGUCACCAUCAACACCAUGUCUCAAUCCACUUCUACUACUGCUGCGACCCACGUGGUCAUCGACGUGGCCCCUGACGCUGCUGUUGCCACCAUCCUGCGGGAUGCCCCUUGCUGCCGUUGCCUUGACGCCAUGGCAAAAUGGUCCCCAUCUGAGGAGGAGCCUGAGCCCCCUCAGUGCCGCGAGUCCACUUCUGCCUCUGGAAAAUGCGCCCGUUGUGCCGCAAUGCGCGGCAAGCUCUGCACGCCCGCCACCCGCAAGACGGUCGCCGCAGCCAUGACUCUCAAGGAGCUCAUUGCCCUUGUUGCCGCUGGCCCCAUCGAGACCACCUAUGCUGAGCACCAAGCCCAGUUGAAUGGUUCAAUGCUCACCCGGGCGAGCCUGGAAAAGUAACAGGAGGACUACAAGAAACCAAGACGCCACUAAGAACCAAACCGCGGGGUUGGGUAAUGACGGUUGAAGCGACCUGUCCGAGGUCCCAAACGAUCUGAUAAAUUUUAGCGGGGGUUC